CGAGGGAUGAAGAGAAGGGCGGCGCGGCUGUCAGUUGUUUCCUCGCGUCGUCCGAAGUGGGCAGCUGCGGCUCGGACUGCGACCAGGCGGCCGUUUCCCGGGUCCAGUCAGGGACGAGCGCGGAGCCGCCGACCGCCUCCUCCACCGGCGCGUGCGCGGCGCGAGUUCGCUCCUCUUUGCACUUUGGCUUCGCGGCGCCUCGUAGCCGGCGCUGGACUGUUUUCAAAGCUCUUCUUCCUCCAAACACCGCCUCGCGCGCACUCGCUCACCGCCGGAUGCUGUGACGCCUGGAGGACGAGGCGACGGAGACCUGUUGCGCGUCCGCGGGGAGCGCGCCGGUCCAGGACCGCGGGAAGCGGACGCUACGUGCAUGCGAUGCUUUGAUUUGAACGGAGGGCGUUGGAGCGGAGCUGGAACGGACUGAGCCUAAAGUCGACGCGGCCGCUGCUACUGACUGUGGGAAUCUCUCCAUAAUCAACCGAAGCGUCAUCUCCAGUGUGACCGAGCGGCUGCGCGGCUGAUGCUUGAAGAUCCGCUUUGUGCUUGAAUGGCUCCCACGCGCAGCGGAGGCAAACUUUAUUCAGGUCGAGUUCACUAAUUUGCUCCGCUUCUCGUCGACAUGUCUGAGCGCGAGGGCUGCGGAGACGGACCGUGCGGCGACGGAGCGCCCGAAUGCGUCCCGCCCCGCGCGUCCCGCGGCCGGCGCAGCGGCGUCGUCCUCCCCGGCGGCCCCGACACGGACACCAUCCUGCUGGAGUCGGUGAAGGCGGCGCCCCGACGCAGCAGCAUCAUCAAGGACCCCUCGGUGCAGAAGGUGGGUGGAGGCAGGAAGAAGACGGUGUCCUUCAGCAGCAUGCCCUCUGAGAAGAAGGUGAGCAGCGCGGCCGACUGCUUGGCCUUCAUGCAGGGCGGGUGCGAGCUCAAGAAGAUCCGGCCCAACUCCAGGGUCUAUUGUCGCUUCUACACCCUGGAUCCUGACCUGAGCUGUUUACGCUGGGAGCCGUCUAAGAAGGAUGGAGACCGGGCCCGGCUGGACGUCUCCAGCAUCCGAGAGGUCCGCACCGGGAAGAGCACCGAGACCUUCCUCCACAACGGGCCGCUGUCCGAACACCUGGCCGAGGAGGCGGCCUUCUCCAUCAUACACGGGGACGAGUACCAGUCCCUGGACUUGGUUGCGCUGUCUGCAGAUGUGGCCAACAUCUGGGUGACGGGGCUGCGCUUCCUGCUGGCUCAUCCCUCGGUGGUCGGCGGGGCUGGGGGCGGGGGCGGAGGAGGCGGGGCGCUGGGCGAGGGAGGGGUCAUGGUGGUCGAGGGCACGCUGGGCGGAAAGAUGAGGAGCGAGUGGCUGGCGGCCGAGUUCGAGCGGGUGGACGAGGACGGCUACGGCAUCGUGUCGGAGGACGUGGCCGUCGCCACCAUCUGCAAACUGUGUCCUGGCAUCAGGGAAGCAAAGGUCCGCCUGCGCUUCAAGGAGAUCCAGCGAAGCAAAGAGAAGCUGACCUCCCACGUGACCCGCGAGGAGUUUCAGGAGGCCUACUGCGAGCUCUGCACCCGGCCCGACGUCUACUUCCUGCUGGUGCAGCUGUCCAAGGAGCGGGAGUGUCUGGACCCCCAGGACCUGCGCCUCUUCCUGGAGACGGAGCAGGGCUUGUCGCUGGCCACCACUGAGGGCUGCUGGGAGCUGCUGAGGCGCUACGAGCCCUCGGCCCAGGGCAGGGAGCGAGGCCUGCUGGGCCUGGACGGCUUCGCCCGCUACCUGCAGUCGCCCGAGUGUCAGCUGCUGGAUCCGGAGCACGUGGGGGUCUGUCAGGACAUGAACAUGCCUCUGUCCCACUACUACAUCAGCACCUCGUACCGCUCCUACCUGCUGGACGACCAGGUCCACGGCCGGGCCGACCUGGGGGGGCUCAUCAGGGCUCUGCAGAGCGGCUGCCGCUGCCUAGAGCUGGGGGUGACUGACGGGCCCGAGGGGGAGCCUCUGCUCGGGGUGGACUAUGGGCCAGACGUGCCCCGCCACCAUCACCACCACCCCCACCACCACCACGCCCCCGUCACCGUGCGCUCGGCCCUGGAGGUGCUCAACAAGUACGCCUUCCUCACCUCCCAGUACCCUCUGCUGGUGUACCUGUGCCACCGCUGCUCUCCUUCCCAGCAGUGCGCCAUGGCUCAGCACCUGAAGAAGGUGUUUGGCUCCCGUCUCUACACCCCGGACGCGCUGCCCGUCAGUCUGGGAGGGCGCGCCACAAGCUUACCCUCCCCGGAGCAGCUGAAGGGACGCGUCCUUAUCGUGGGGAAGAAGCUCCCGCCAGAGCACGAGGGCUCUGACGGGGAGGUGUCUGAGGAAGAUGAGGAAAUAGGAGGAGGGGGGCCUCUGGCAGGACGCCGGAUGACCAUACCCGGCGAGGAAGAACUGGGGGUGGUCCUGGUGGUGCCCCCGCCCUCCCAGCCCCGGAAGCUGCGCCUCCACAGGGAGCUCUCGGACCUGGUGUCCAUCGUCCGGACCGGAAGCCGCACCUUCUACGCCCAGCGAGCCUCCCACAAGCAGCAGCAGUCGCCCCCCAGCAGCCCCUCCUCCCCCAGCACGCCCAUGCUCACGGAGCCUCCGUACUGGACAAUGUGCUCCCUGGGCGAGGGGGAGGCCGGCCGGCUGACCAGCGAGAGCCCGGAGGACCUGGUUGUGUUCACCAAGCGCACCCUGACCAGGGUACGACCCAGCUCGGUGCGCUUGGACUCCAGUAACCCCAACCCUCAGGGCUACUGGAAGGGAGGGGUCCAGCUCGUGGCCUUGAACCAGCAGACGCCCGGCGCCAUGCUGGACCUGCACAGAGGCCGCUUCUCUCAGAACGGGGGGAGCGGGUACGUUCUGCGACCCGCCGUGAUGACGGACGAGGUGUCGUACUUCAGUGCCCACACGCAGGGGUGCGUGCCAGGAGUCCCGCCGCAGACUCUGCGCAUCAAGGUGAUCAGUGCCCAUAACCUGCCCAAGCCUCAGGGAUCCGGGGCGAAAGGCGAGGUCAUCGACCCGUACGUGGUUCUGGAGCUGCAUGGCGUCCCGGCCGACUGCGCCGAACAGCGGACCCGCACCGCUGCCCAGAACCAGGACGACCCCCUGUUUGACGAGACCUUUGAGUUUCAGGUCAGCAUGCCGGAGCUGGCCUUGCUGCGCUUCGUGGUCCUGGACGACGACUACAUCGGAGACGACUUCAUUGGCCAGUACACCGUGGCCUUCGAGUGCCUUCAGCCUGGGUACCGUAACGUGCCCCUGCUGGGUUUGGCGGGAGACCCCUUACCUCACACCAGUCUGUUCGUCCACGUGGCGGUCACCAACCGGCGAGGAGGCGGGAAGGCCCAGCGCCGAGGCCUGUCGGUGAGGAGAGUGGGGAGACGGGGGCGGGAGUACGUGACUCUGAGGCACGCUGGCAUCAAGGCGGUGGACGACACCUUCAAACCGGCCAGCGCCCCUCUGAAGGAGGCAACAGACCUGCGGGAGGAGGCUCAGAGCACGACGGCCAGCUUCAAGGAGCAGUGUGGGCUCCCCACGGUGGCCAAACUCAAGCAGUGCAUCGAGAGCCUGGCCACGCGGCUGCAGAGCCCCGAGGGCGGGCUGGGGGCCGCCAUGGUGCUGAAGGAGGGCUACCCGUGUCUGGAGCCCCUGCUCAGCCUGUCGGAGCCCACACGCAAGCUUCUGGCUGCCUACAACACGAUGAUCGCAGCCCAGAAACAGCUGAUUGAGAACGCUGACGCCGUUCAGGAGAGGAUCGCUCAGGUGCAGAGAGAAGGGAUGGACUUCCACGAGGAUCUUCCUCGGCUCGGGGAGAAGGAGGGGCUGAAGGGACGCAAGCUAAGCAAAGCUGUGGAGAGUUUCACCUGGAACAUCACGGUCCUGAAGGGCCAGAGCGAUUUGUUGCGGGGCGCUAAGAUGGACUCCCUGGAUGCCCUGCGGCAGCUGGCUCUGGCCUGUGAAGCCUGCGGACUCACCUCCUCCUCCUCUUCCUCCAACUCCUCCUCCUCCACAUUCUCCAUGGCGGAGCUGCACUACUCCUCCCACCCCCCGUCUGGCCGCCGAAGCAGCACACACGGCAACGGGCGCAUCUGACCUCCGGUGCCCCCGCGUUCCCGGCGAUGAGCAGUGUGUGGCCAGAGGAAGGAGGAGGAACGCUUCAUCAGAGACCGGACUAGUGUGUGAGGACACAGUCCACACGACGGUGUGGGUUUCCCUCGUUAGGGAGGAAGUCACCUGAGCUCCUGGUGACAACUAGACUGCUUACGACCCUCUGUUUAAUGAGCUACAGUAGGAGUAGGAGCCGCCGAUGGACGAAGCCUUAUUCCUCAGCAUUUCGGCUUUUUCACCUUAACCCUGAACUUUGCUCAGAUUAAAGAUAAAGACACAAGAACGUUUCAUGUUUAAUGGCCAAGAGCUUCUUAACAUUAAUACAAACACCCCUGACUGAACACACUCCCUGCUUCAACUCGGUAAAACACGACGAGCAGGUGCUUCUUUAGUUUAACAGAGAUCUAUGAGGUUUAGGUUCAAACGGGCACGGCCUGACGUCGCUACCGCGCGCUGGCUGCUGCUCAUCUCUGCGCCCACCGUGCGUCGGGCUGUGGUGCGGUGGACGCAGGGACGGCUGAGACGCGAGGAUGCGGCGGCUGUGUGCUCAUACUGUAGUGUGACCUCCUGUAGCUCACAUGCAGAGUGUUGGACGCUUCCCGUGUCUGUGUGUAGGAAGUGAAGGUUCUUGUACGGUAGUGAUGUAGCAAUAAUAAUAGAAGUGCGCUAUUAGAAAGUCAGAGGACUAAACAAAGUAUGACUCACUAUAAACAAUGUUUUGGCAUCGUCAGCGAUGAUCUCCUGCCGCUGCUAGAACCUGAUGGUCUACACAGGAAAACACCUGAUUCUACUUCAGUCACACACUAAGAAUCAAGUAACAUGACGUUGGACGACUGGGGUUCAAAUCUAAACUAACCAGUACGUCAGUAGGUUUUAAGGACGUUAAAAAGACCAAACAAGCCAGAUGUGAUUCGUGGGAUGUUUUAAAUGAUGGACCUUCUGACCAGGAGACCAUUUGAAUGUUUAUUCUGGCCUUUUCGGGGUCAGGAUGUAGAAGUACAUCACUGUCACAGAUCACCAGCUCAUGGACCCAGCUGGGAGCUGAACCCACCUCAGGUGCGUCCUGUUGUUCCUGCUCCUCUUCUCCAGGUGGAGCGACCGAGCUGAGGAGGCUGCGGAGCUACCGUGCCACUGGCUAUUAUGCAUGCGUGUAAUUGUGGAGGACAUUGUGAUAUUGGAGCAUUGAUGGUACAGAUAUUGAGUUAGUUUUUCUUCUGGCGUGUUUUUGGGUGGGUAAACCUGCAGAGCUUCAUAAUUGGCCGUGAGCACUAAGCAGAGUGACAGCGCCUGCUGGUUUGCUCUAUUAAUAACUGCCUGACUCGCGGGAGGCCUAGGGAUGUGUGCUGGUGUGUUUAUGCCUGAAUCCCGGGUCCAAUGAUGCAGACUGCUUCUGCUGCCUGCUCAAACCUGCCGUACUUCCUCCUGAAUGAAGCGGCGCUGAGGCGCUCUCUCUGAGAUCUGCUUACCUGCAGAGGAUCUCCUCGCAUUAAUGAUGCAUCAUCUCCAGUAAAGCAAACCGCAGUGUUAGCUUUCCUCCACUUUACAUGACUGCUGACAAAGGAAACACAACUGGCUGGUAGAUGAGCGGUGGUUUUAUUUACUUUAGCUGUGGGUUUGACCUUUGUCAGUUCAGGUUUCAGCACCUGAGUCUUAUCUGGUUUAUUUAUCAGGUGCACAAUGUAUUUACAACUAAGACUGAUGGUAGAGAACUGUGCUGCCGCAUCGAAACAAUGGCAGCAGGUCACAUGCGAAACCAGGCCGUGGAAACAAAGGUUGGUACGAGCUCACACCUGAGCUACUAUUUGUAGCUAAAUGAUCAAAACCGUUACAUGAGCUUUUGAGCAAAUUAACUCCAACAUUUACGUCUUGAAUCUUUUACUGUACACUUUCAUAAACAAACAUAACAUUACUGUGUGUUAUACCUUUUGGCAGCUACUGGUUUUGGGUUAAUUCUGCAGUUUGCAAACACUUCUUUGAGCCAUUUCUGUGAACAUUCUGGGUUCUGUUAGAUGAUGACUUGCCCGGACCUGGUUUCCCUCUUAAUGCACAAAGCUAAACACAAUGUCCUUCUCAAUGUGAGUGACUUAUCUCCAUUGGCUGUGGCUUUAGUUAUCAGAGAUCAUCAGUGUGACGCUGUCGGAUGAACAAAUCAGCCCAUGAGUUCCAAGCAGUCGCAGAUUCUUCCCUUCACUCAGGCUUUUGUUGCGUAAGCAUAGUGUUCACCGUGAUGAACUGCCGGUUGUAUCGAGAACGUUGCCAUACAUGGUAGCUUCGAUAGGGUUAACACCGCCAUCACGCAUCCGUCACACUGUCCUGUUUCACUGUGCUUGACCCGACUUGUUCACUUUGCAGUAUUGAAAAAGGAGUGUUUACCUCUCGGAAGGCCGCUGAGCUCAGCCGCUCACUACAGUGCUUUACUAUGAUGUUCAGUAUAUUGGAUCACCUGCGACCCAGUGCUGCACCUUGUUUGCUGAAGUGUAGGCUUCGCUUCUUCACUUCAAACCCUUUAAAGUUGUUCAGGUCUAUAUGUACUGUGGACUGAACCAUGCUUAACAACAGGGUGCUGCAUUGAGGUGCAUUAUUUAUCUGUUACCCACGUGUCUUAACCUAGAACUAGCUCCCUCCUGUCUUUGCAAACCAGUUGUCAGAUAGUGCGUAACAUUCAACUUAUAUCUGCCAUUGUGAUGUGGACAAAGUAGUGUGCAACAAAGUAGUGUGCAACACUGUACUGGUGUUUUCAGGCCUAUAACCUCCCUGACGCUGCUGUGUCUGCGUUGGCCUGUGUCACUGCUGACCUUUCCAGUUCCUUUAACUGUCUUUACACUCACUAUGUUUUUGUAAAAAACAAAGCAACAAAAAAAUAUAUUUAUUGAAGUGUGUUAAAAAAACAAUACAUAUAAUGAAUUAAAUUGACAUUGCUUUUAUUUUGAAAAGCUACGGUGUUUUCUAUAAGAGGACUAAUCUAAACAUAACAAGAGUAUGUAUCCCAGGCUAAAUAAAACGAUCUUUUCUGACCAA